AAUCGUUUAGGUGGGCUGUACGGGUUUCUAGCGCAUUUAAGGUUUUCUGUCGGAGGAUUUCUGUUGCGAACAAGCCGCUCAUGGAAAAGAGGAGAAGAGCUAGAAUUAAUCAAUCGUUGGCUGUACUUAAGGCCCUCAUACUUGACUCAGCUAAAAUGGAAAACACAAAGCAUUCAAAAUUGGAAAAGGCAGAUAUACUGGAGCUAACAGUAAGGCACCUUCAAAGACAAAAAACUCUCAAUUCGAGUUCAGUGGACAAAUAUAGAGCAGGCUUCAUUGAAUGUGCAAGAGAGGUUACAAGAUUCUUAGAUAGCCCAGAACUUCAGGGGCCAAAACCAGGUUUGGAUCCAUCAGUUCGCCAGCGUCUUUUGAGACAUCUUGAAACUACAGCUGCUGAAAUAUCAUUAGAUUUUGCAGAUUCCCAUGUCGAGCCUCUUAAACCUAUAGACCCAGAAACUGAGAGGCGGUUAGAGCAACUGGAAGAGUUUCUGAUCGACGAUGAAGCCCGUCCAGAUAGUUCUACAGCACCAGGGGAUGAGAACAACAACUCAAGGAAAAGAAAGAAAAAGGGAAGAGCAGCUGAUUCAUCCACUAUCACCACAACCUCACCUGGAACCAGCAAUCCAGUCUCCCUGGUGAUACCUUCAAGACUACCAGAUGGGCAAGUUGUUUUUCUCCUACCUAGUCAUUAUGUUCAACUAUCGAAAGAAGAAGAAAAAGAGAAAGCACAAGAAAUGCCCAUAGAUUUCAGUGUUAAAAAAAUGGAUGAUGAUAAAGAAGAAGAAGAAGUUUGGCGUCCAUGGUGAACAUUUAAUACUUAAAUUUAUCUCAUCUGAACUGACAGAUCCAAUGACUUUAAAAUUAGCCUAUUUCUCUUAAUAGGUUUAUUUCACUUAUUGUGUGAACUAUUAAAACACACUGAACUUGUUACCAAAUGGAUCUAAGUGUUUUUGUCUUUCCUUAGUAGAUCUUUUUAUAAUUAGAGAAUAGUUUUAAGAAUAUAUUAAAAACAAAACUUUUAUUCAUAAACUAUGACUUAAAUAGAAUUAUAU